AUGAGUGCCCUCAACAAGAUCGCGGCCAACAGCCCUUCGCGCCAGAACCCCUCUGAGCUCGAGACCAGCAUUGCUGGCGCUCUCUACGAUCUCGAGUCCAACACCACCGACCUGAAGGCGGCUCUCCGACCCCUUCAAUUCGUAUCUGCCAGAGAGAUUGAAGUUGGCCACGGCAAGAAGGCUAUCGUCAUCUUUGUCCCCGUCCCAUCCCUCCAGGGUUUCCACCGAGUGCAGCAACGCCUCACUCGUGAGCUCGAGAAGAAGUUCUCCGACCGCCACGUCCUGAUCCUCGCCUCGCGCCGCAUCCUCCCCCGUCCCAAGCGCUCCAACCGCUCGCGCACCUCCCAGACCCAGAAGAGACCCCGUUCCCGAACCCUGACGGCCGUCCACGACGCCAUCCUCGACGACCUCGUCUACCCCGUCGAGAUCGUCGGCAAGCGCCUCCGCACCAAGGAGGAUGGCAGCAAGGUCCUCAAGGUCGUCCUCGACGAGAAGGAGAAGAACACCAUCGACCACAGACUCGACACCUACUCCGAGGUCUACAGACGCUUGACCGGCCGUGGUGUCGGCUUCGAGUUCCCCGCGACUCCCGUUGAGUACUAG